AUGAUUGAAACGGCUAUCGACGAAGAGAAGGUUGAUAGGGGCAAGGAAGGCCUUGUUGGUGGACGGCAGUGGUCAAAAGGAAGAGAGAAAGACUUUGGAAUUUAUACUAUUCUGGUGAUGAUGCCAAGUCUUCUCCCUGAUGCCCCCCAGUACCCUAGUGUGCACAAGGCCUUCAACAACACGGUAAUUCAAGAAGAGGAGACUACCGAGGUUCCCCAAGAUUAUGUCAACAGGAAGAAUCCUGCCAAGUCUCCCAAGAAGGCUCCCAAGAAGGCUCCCAAGAAGGUUCCCAAGAAGGUUCAGGUGAUGGACCAAGUGCAAUUUAUCGAACAAAAUGGGAAUCAGAAAUCAGAAGUUGUGGAAGAUAGUGUUGAUGAUGAAGCUGAAGGCUUCAUCCAGCAGAAGCGCAAGGGCUUUGAACUGUGCAAAUGGAAGACCUUCAAAUUGCCAUAG